CAGAUUUGAUUUUGAACAGUCCAGAUCAGAUAACAUUGAUUAGAUCAGACUUGAUUGAUCAGAAUUCAGAUCAGGGCUCUUUCAGUCAAGUCAAGAACAAUUUGGAAUUUCUAGACUUUCAAGCUUCAACUCGCAAUUACAGGCGAAGUUUGUAGAGCAUUUUAACAUGAAGUGGAGGAUUCUAAGAUUCCGAUAAAAUUGGUACAUACGUGAUUCAACUUAUAAAAUUCAAAUUUCAAAUUAAUUUUUGAUUUUUUGCCGAUUUAAAAAAAAUGCUAAUUGAUUUUGAUAACAACAUGUAAACAACAACAAAAUACACACGUCUGCGCAUGCGCAGUUCAAUACCCCGAAAAUUCUUAUUUUGGCGCCAACGGAUUUGUUUUGAUGUUUGUUUUGAUUAAAAGUUAAAAAGUGAUAAUUUGAUGGAAAAUUCAGUGAAUAAUCAUGGAUUACAAUAAAACGACAAUUCUGAAAGAAACCCGAGAACUUUUACAAACGUUGAGGUGCGAAAUCGUGGUCGACAUAAGCGACAGUCAGUUGUUCAAUGUUCUAUUUCAAUCCGACGUUAAAAAAGAAACAUUACUCAAAUGGUUACUCCAACAGAUGUAUCCCUUAGAAGUGUGCACCAAUACCCCAUUAGACGAUUUGAUUUCCACAUUUAUACCUAAAGCACAAUUCAGAAGCUUUUUAAUCGGAACGAUGCCUAUAGCGGAACAGUAUAAAAAAUGGAGACUAAUUAUGACAAUUCUUGAUAAAAAACAACGACGACAAAAUUAUCUCGAAGAAAUCGAUUACGAAAAAGAAUUGCUCAAUGGAUCCAUUUUAGAGAAACACGACAGUUUUUGGGCCGAGAAAGUUGGAUUCUCUCCGAAAUAUUUCAUAUCGCCUCAAGAUAAUUUAAAGAAAGCCAACGAUAAUGAAUUGAAAACCGAUCUCGAUAAACUCAAGCAGUUACUAGCUGAGGUUAAAUCCAAGAAAAAAUCCAACGAGAAGAGGCUCAGUUCCAUGGAGAAUAAGGUUUCCAGUGUUAUGGAGCAAUAUAAACGUUCGAGUGAAUCUUUUAGCGAAACCGUAGCUCAAGACUUACUACCUCAGUUAAAUACUUCAACAAAUCAGACGGAAAAAUUCACUUUUCGUUACGAUUCCAUGAACAGUGAUGCAUUGAAGAACGUGGCAAAGAAAGUCAAUUCUUUGCAAGAGAAAAUGGAAACUUUGAAUAACGCUUUACAAGGAGUUAAUAAAAUACAAAACUGAGAAUCUGAACCAUAGCUUUUAAUUUUUUUUUCUGUAUAUAACAUUGUAUUAUAAGUCUAAUUUAAAUUGUAUCGUUAUUUAAAUACAACGUGAAACAAGAAAAAAACGAGAAAAACAUUCACUAAAAAAGAUUUUAUUAUUAAAAUAUCGCCAAUCGAUUUUAAUGACUGGGUGGAUUGAUGUGGGGGGAGGAGGAGGAAACAAACAGAAUAUACAUAAGAUUACAAUGUAAAUGUCAUUAUAAAACGUGUUUAAAUACUUGGCAUAGAAUCUCCGCCACUUUCGGGUCCUUCUGAAUGUAAAGCAGCGAUCAUGGCUUCGAUAUCGAGACCAAUAUUGGGAUCUUUUGGCGUUUCGUCUUCGUUAACAGCUUGAUUAUCUUGCGUAGCUGUUUGAGUGACUUCGGAGUCGAUAUUGGGUAAUUCAGCUUUGCUGGUGUCACAUUUAACGUGCUCGUUAUUAUGAUUAGCAAAAUCAACGUCAUUAUCGAAAGCACUGGGACACGUGUCGCACGAAUAUAUAGGCGGAGGUUCGGAGGUAUCCAUUUCUUCGUGAUGAGCAGUUUCAUCUUGCUGUUGUCCUUUAUCCAUCGUCUGUUCGCUCGUAUGCGCUGCCGAAGUCUCAGCUUCCGAAUGUUUCUGCUCCUCUUGAGACUGUUUCUGUUCGACUAGCUUCCUACCGGCGGCCGUGUGAUCUCUACUUAUAUGCUCCAAGCAUUUAUUACGGUCGUCGAAUGAAGCUGAACACACUUGACAACGGAAUACUCUCCUUCGCACCGACACUUGACCUUGUUUACUCGGCGUCAACAUAGGCGACGCGGUCGUCGUAGUCGUCGUUUUAUCACCUUCACCUCCUUCGUUUUUAUUCGCUCUAAUAUGGAUUUUCAUAUGGAGCCGAACGUUACUCAAUUCUUUCGAUUGGUACGAGCAGAAACCACACUUGUAGAUUUUCAACUUGGUUACAUUUUCAGCUGGCUUGGUAGGUUUGGGAUUCGGUAUCACUUUGUUUACCGGAGGUGGUUUUUUCUUCGCUAAAGCAGCAGCUGCUGCUCCAACGCUAGUAUUCAACUUUUUCUCAUCUUCGUAGUCACUGGCGGAAUCGGUUUUCAUUCCGUUGGCCAAAGUAGGCUGUAAAAUCAAGCAAUCAUUAAACAUUACGAAAAGUUAGCCUAAACCAUGAGCAAACGAUGAAAUCGUCGAACGAAUGUUUACCUGAAUUGGAGCUUGACCAUCGCCUACGGCGAUUUUAUAUUUCUGCGAAAUAUUUGUAGUUAAUGCUCUUUUCACUAGAGUCAAUUCGUUCUCCAGUUUAUCCAUGUGAUUUAGUAACGACGCGCAUCGUUUACAAACGCUAUCCUGCUCCGUUACAGCUACUACAUAAUCGUCGCCAAUCAACUGGCUAAUUUUUUCAGGUAAAGAAACUUUGGAAUGACUCGAAACGCUGGAGGCUAAAUUAACAUUUUCACCAGUUAGCCUCUGGUCACACACGAAACAAUUGACCAUUGCUUUGGCCGUUGAAGCGUUGAAAAUUUUCAACAUUAUAUGUCAAGAC